AUGUCCCAAUCUCCACUAGCACGUACCGCUCGUCGAUCCCUUCCAGCGUUCUCUCACGCCCCCUCUAGACUAUCCAAAUCCCAUUCCUCGAGGGACCUAGCAGAGAUCAAUGAAUCUCCAUCUCCAGCUCCAGCUCCCAUACCAACCUCUUCUUCCUCCUCUAAGCUAUCCACUCCCAGCCAAGCUCAAAAUACUCCAAUCAGACAUCGAACACCCAAUAAUAACAACAAUGUAUCAUCACCUAUGACGCCCAAAUUACUCUACGCAACUCAUGCGUUGUCUACACCUCCUCAGAGUCUCAGUAAAUCGUCAAGUAUACCGUUCGAUAUGGCUGCUUCUGCCCGAGCGGCCAAGAGGGCCGAGGAAGAUAGAAGACUUAGUACACCUUCUCUUGACCAGGGGAGGAUUAAGAAGAGGUUUGUAAGGAAGCAACCUAUCUUUCAGAGAAUAACCUCAAUACCUGCUACAAUAUACGAUAAAUUCGCUUAUGCCUCUCCUCAAUCGAUAUAUGAUAUUCUUCCUGACGAGCAUCUGGCCAAUCCUAUCUCGCUUACUAUACAUACCAUUCAUUAUCUAUUGGUAUAUCCGUUCUUCGCUCAUCGAGACGAGUAUGAAAGUGUCUUAAGAAGCGGGAGAGAGCCCAGUGGAGUCAUGGGGCGAUGGGACAGGUGGGAGAAUGAGGGGAAGAGUCAAGGUGUAGGACUGAUAAGCGGCUGGUCGAAAUAUACACUACUCAUCCUUCUACUCCUAUUAUCUAUCGGUAACGCAGCAUACCUCUUCACGAGAUUUAGGACAUACGAUAUGCAACUUCGAUCGGGAUCAGAACCAGUCCAUUCACCUCAUGCCUCUCCGGUUCCAGCACCUAAAAUUAAAUCGCAGCCAGAACAAGAUCAAGACGUGUUUGCUUCUUCACCUUCCAGUCGUGCCUCCAAAGCUGGAUUUGACAAGUAUGCCAAGAUGACAGGAAAGGCAUUAUGGUUCAUCCUGAAAUUCUCAUUCUACUCUAUGUUAUCAGCAUUCGGUAAACCUCAAAAGGAUGCCCCUAGAUUAGCAACUUCCCUUGGAUCUAACGAUAAGAUCCAAAGUCUUAGAGUAUGGGAUCCACCCGAAUUUUGCUUAGCCUUAUUCUGCGCAUUCCCACCAACUUCCCCUUUACUCACUCAUUUACUCGUCCCUCUUCAUCCACUUUACGUUCCCCUCCUUCAUCUGUCCACGACUUUCCUCUUAUCGCAGCUCGCGCAGUUCUACUCUCAGCUGGUGAAAGAUCGGAUGUUACUCAGUGCAGAGGUGAUGAGGGAGUACGAUCAGAGGUUCGUAUAUAAGAGGGUAUUCGCAAACAAGGUGGAUAAAUGCGUGGGAACGAAUGAAGCUGAAACCAUUUGGUAA